CGUGCUGGCAGAACCGCGGCUGGAGACUGUGCACCGGGGUCCAGCAGUCCAGUACGGUGUUGGGACGGGAUUUUUACUGUACAGAUAUUUUAUUAUCCGAGCUGAAGAUGUUUGGGAGCUGGAGAAUCCUGUUGUCGCACAUGUGCAGCAGCAGCAGCAGCAGCAGCAGCUUCCUUAUGCUUUGGAUCCUCGUCGGCUUGAAUGUGGUGGAGGUGGCGGGGUCCCAGCAAGGGAUCCCUCUGUCAGUCGUAAAGCUAUGGGCUUCAGCAUUUGGUGGAGAAAUUAAAUCCAUCUCUGCAAAAUAUUCUGGAUCCCAACUCCUGCAAAAGGAGCUGUGGGCGAUCACAGCGCCGCGUCCGGGGACCAACUCCAGUUCUGAGGCCAGUCCCUCGGCCAAGGGCGGUAGCAGGAUCAAUCCUAAAAAUGCUGCAUGUCUUGGAGCGUGGGAGGAAAGCGGAGGAAUCAGAGGAAGUCCACGCAAAUAUGGGGAGAGCUUUCAAACUGCAUAUAGAAAGCGGCUCCUGGGUUCAAACCAAGGACCUCCUUGCUCUGAGAAAUACAAAGAACUUGAGAAGUCAGUCAGAGUGGAAGAAAUUGAUGGUGUGAAACUGGUCAAAAACCUGGCUGUGAAGAUGGAGGAAGUGUUCCGGAAAAAAGCAGAGGCCACCAGGCGGCUCGUGGAGGCAGCAGAAGAAGCGCACCAUCAGCACGAGGAUAAUCCGGAUCUUCAGUAUGAGUACUUUAACGCCGUACUGAUCAAUGAAGUGGACGAGGAGGGCAAUAACGUAGAGCUCGGAGGAGAGUUUGUUCUGGAGCCCAACGACCAUUUCAAUAACCUGUCAGUCAACCUGAGCCUCAGUGUGGUGCAGGUGCCCACCAACAUGUACAACAAAGAUCCUGACAUAGUGAACGGAGUUUACUGGUCCGAGGCUCUGAAUAAAGUAUUUGUAGAUAAUUUUGAGAGAGACCCAACACUGAUCUGGCAGUACUUUGGGAGCGCCAAAGGUUUCUUCAGGCAGUACCCAGGAGUAAAGUGGCAUCCAGAUGAACAUGGCGUCAUUGGCUUUGACUCUAGAAACAGGAAGUGGUACAUCCAGGCAGCAACGUCUCCUAAGGAUGUUGUUAUCUUAGUCGAUGUUAGUGGAAGCAUGAAAGGACUGAGGCUGACCAUCGCCAGGCAGACUGUCUCCUCCAUUUUAGAUACACUUGGAGAUGACGACUUCUUCAACAUCAUUGCAUAUAAUCAGGAGAUCCACUAUGUGGAGCCUUGUUUGAAUGGCACACUGGUCCGAGCUGACAGAACCAAUAAAGAUCAUUUCCGUGAACAUCUGGACAAGCUGUUUGCCAAAGGGAUCGGGCUGCUGGGUGACGCUCUGGCCGAAGCAUUCACAAUCCUGAAUGAUUUUAAUCAAACUGGACAUGGCAGUUUGUGCAGCCAGGCCAUAAUGCUUGUGACUGACGGGGCGACUGAAAUGUACGACGAUGUUUUUGAGAAGUACAAUUGGCCAGAAAGAAAGGUGCGAAUAUUCCCGUACCUGAUUGGACGAGAGUCUGCAUUCGCUGAUAACCUCAAAUGGAUGGCGUGUGCCAACAAAGGUUAUUUCAGUCAGAUCUCGACCUUAGCAGAUGUUCAGGAGAACGUGAUGAGGUAUCUUCACGUCAUGAGCCGCCCAAAGGUUAUUGACCACGAGCACGACACAGUGUGGACUGAAGCUUACAUGGACAGUGCUCUUUCCCAGGCUCAUAAGUUGAAGGACAAAGCGGGCCCCAGUCUGAUGACCACAGUUGCCAUGCCUGUCUUCAGCACAAAGAAUGAAACGAAGAACCAGGGUAUUCUGUUGGGGGUCGUAGGAACAGACAUCCCUCUGCAGGAGCUGAUGAAGCUCAUCCCUAAACAUAUGUUAGGAAUCCAUGGGUACGCAUUUGUUAUCACAAACAAUGGCUACAUCCUGAUUCAUCCGGACCUCAGGCCUUUGUAUCAGGAUGGUCAGAAGAGGAGGAAGCCCAACUACAGCAGUGUGGAUCUCUCAGAGGUGGAAUGGGAAGACAAAGAUGAUAUUCUACGCAACGCUAUGGUGAACAGGAGAACAGGGACUUUCUCCAUGGAGGUGAAGAAGACGGUGGAUGGAGGGAGGCGUGUCCUGAAGAUGCACAAUGACUAUUACUACACUGACAUCAAAGGAACACCAUUUAGUGUUGGAGUUGCUCUCUCCAGAGGUCAUGGAAAGUACUUCUUCAGAGGAAAUGUAUCAGUUGAAGCCGGGCUCCGUGAUCUGGAACAGCCAGAUGUCGCCCUGGCAGAUGAAUGGACUUACUGCAACACAGAGGAGCAGCAUCAGCACCGUCACCUGACCCAGAUUCAAGCCAUCAAGCUCUUCAUGACGGGCCGCAGACUACACCUCAAAUGUGACAGAGAGCUCAUCCAGGAGGUGUUAUUUGAUGCUGUGGUCACCGCUCCACUGGAGGCCUACUGGACUGGACUGGCCCUCAACAAGUCAGAGAACUCAGACAAAGGAGUGGAGAUCGCCUUCCUGGGUACACGCACCGGCCUGUCGAGGACCAACCUGUUUGUGCCCACCGAUCAGCUCUCCAAUCAAGAUUUCCUGACAGCGGAGGACAAGGAGGGUGUGUUUAAUGCUGAUCACUUCCCUCUGUGGUACAAGAGAGCUGCAGAGCAAGUCCCCGGCACAUUUCUCUACUCCAUUCCCUUCAGCACAGCUUUAGAUAAUAUGAGUGUGGUUUUGGCCAGCACAGCAAUUCAGCUCCUCGAUGACAGAAAGUCUCCAAUCGUUGCAGCUGUAGGGAUCCAGAUGAAGCUGGAGUUCUUUCAGAGGAAGUUCUGGACUGCCUGCAGACAGUGUACAGCUCUGGAUGGAAAAUGUAGCAUUAGCUGCGAUAACGCGGACAUUAACUGUUAUCUCAUUGACAACAAUGCCUUCAUUCUUGUCACAGAGGAGCAAUCUCAGACAGGGCUCUUCUUCGGAGAGGUGGAGGGUGCUGUUAUGAACAAACUUCUCCAAAUGGGGUCCUUCAAAAGGAUCGCGCUGUAUGAUUACCAGGCCGUUUGCAGAGAGUACGCUGGGAGCAGCGACAGUGCACGCACUCUAUCAGACCCUUUCACUGUUGUUAAGUGGCUCCUGGCUGAACUUGUUAUUUUUCUGCUAGAAUUUAACCUGUACAGCUGGUGGAAUGUGGAUCUUUCAGUUAAAGCUCAGAGGUCUCGAGGUAAACCCACGAUGGUGCCGUGUGAUACAGAAUACCCCGCCUUUGUCUCCGAACGCACCAUCAAAGAAACAACAGGCAACAUUGACUGUGAGGGCUGUAUCAGGUCUUUUGUCAUACAGCAGAUUCCCAGCAGCAACCUCUUCAUGGUUGUUGUGGACAAUAAGUGUGACUGCAGCAGUUCUCCUCCAGUAACCAUGGAUCCCAACGAGAUCAUGUACAACGAGUCACUAAAAUGUGACAGACUGAAGUUUCAGAAGGACAGAAAGAAGCCUGAAUCGUGUCAUCCUUUCCACCCUGAGGAAAAUGCCAUGGAGUGUGGUUCAGCAACACGCCUCUCCAGUCCUCUAACAGCAGCUCUGCUCCCUCUGAUAGCAGCGACCAUCAGCAGGUGACCUUUACCAGCAGAACUGGACAUCAGUAAGGACUAAAUCAACAAGAAGAUGCUUUAAACACAGAGAACAUGGCCAGUCAGAAAUGAAUUUGCUCAUCCCUCAGGCAGCGCUCUACUAAGAAAAAAAUCUUUAUAUGUAGCACUGAGACUCGCAUCCAUUAUUGCAGAAAACAUUAGCGAUGUGGCGCAGCAAAAGUAAAUGAGAUUAAUGGGAGUGCUUGGUGACUUUGCUCAGAGCAUUGCAUAUAAUGCCACUGACAGUUUGCCAUAUUGUACUGAAUGUGUGCUGAAAUUAAAUAAGAGAAAGAAAUAUACUAUGUCAACAGUAAAAAUAAGGCAUUUUUUGUCAAAGUAUAAAACAAGUCAAGUUGUGCAAAGGAUGAUAGUAAGAGAUCAAAUAUAUGUUUGUUUCUUUAUGAGGAAAAAAUGUAAGGAAUGUAAAAUGCACUUUUGUCGUGUGAAAAGAAUGCAGAGCUGUCUUUAUUUUGGCAGUAAAUUGUUAAAAAAGAGUUGACAGUGCCAUCAUAGUUUUCUUUCUUCAAAUAUUUUAUUUUGUACCUUAAUUCUUUUUGGUGUCUGUAAUAAUCAUGUAAAAUAGCUGAGAGACAAGGGGCAAUUAGAACUUGCUUUAUUCUGCCAGUUUCUCCUUGUUUUAAAGCAGACGACAUUUCAGACGAGCUAAAGAUGCAUGAAGAAGAUCACAGAAUGUCACAUCAAUAUAUCCCGCCAUAAUUUGUCAAGGUGACCA